AGCAAAACUUUUCAAGAAAUAUUUUAAAAAGUAGCCCCUAUAUAUGUGAUGUGAAAUUGUGAAUAUACAUUCAUGUUAUGUGUCUGUGUUAGGACAAGAGGACUAAUUACCAGUUCAACAAGAGGAAGAAGAGUAGUAGUUUUUUUCUUGAAGUUUGUGAGGUUGUAAAACUGUGGUUUUAGAAAUUGAAGAACUCCAAACACUUCUUUAUCAAAUUUUCUUCCUCCAUCUUCUCUUUCUUCAAGUGCUGCAACAAUCAUGGAUUAUACCAAAAUGGAGAAUAUGAGUGCUGAGAAACAGAGGAUAUAUGGAGAAUUUGAAGUGAAAGGGUCUAAGGAAAUUUGUGUUUCUGAUCAUAUAAAUGGAUUGCAGUACGCAAGCACAAAAUCAGAUAGCUUUGUUGUGGACAUGGAACGUUUUUCUCAUAUCAUAGAGAAAGAUAUAAAUGUCAAUUCAAGAAUUACUUUGCAGAGAAACCUUUCAAGGAAAGGAUCAUUUCGAAGCGGCGAGAGGAAAACAUAUUCAAAUGCUGCCAAUGAGAAAGACACUAAUUUCACGGCAAGUUCCCCUAGAGCUUCAUUGCUAGGAGGAGGUAUUAGCACGCCAGAAAAGACUAUUGUGGGGACUACUGAUCAACCUACCCCACAAACCCAUAAUCAGAUCACUAUAGUGGCCGGCCAUGGCGGCGCCACCGCCACCGAAAGCAAAAUUAGUGGUAGGAGAUUCAGUUUCCGACGCACUUCUUCCACUUCUAAUUGGACCAUUGAUCCCAGGAGAAUUCUUCUCUUCUUUGCUACCUUGUCAAGUAUGGGAACAAUACUAUUGAUCUAUUUUACAUUAUCCAUAGCCAAGCUCAAUGGAGAAGACAGUGCUCUUAAUGGAUGAUAAUAGACACGAAAGAAAAAAGGAAGCAGUGAAAAAGUGAAUGUUAAGAUCAAUGCGCUAGUUCUAACUCAGAUGACGGUAUAAUGUAGAAGCAGAAGAGACAAAAUCAACAUAAUUUGAUUAUAGAUUUUAACAGAGUUUAGUAGAAACAUUCACAAGAUGAUGGAACAGAGAAAGAAGUAUAAAGGGGGCAGUACUCAGAAGAGCUAAAACUACAUAUAGAACUUCCAUUAUAGCAGAGGUUCAGAAGACAGAAAGUAUCACUUUCAUCAGGCUGCCUUUUGUUGCAAGACAAGAAUAGAAAGCAUCGUGACAAAGAUUUGCAUUAUUCUAUAGUAAUGAGUGGCAUAGAUCAGAAACACGAGUACCUUUUCUUUGUUAGGUUCUCUUUUUGUAACAUUUGGCUGAGUUUAGUGGAGAACCACAUGUUUACCUUUUGCUA